GAAACAGGAUUUUCAUUGACACGUUUUUUUUAUAAAUAGCUUAAAAAUAUCGAAAAAAAAUUUCUUUUGACCUGUGUCUUCUACAGAAUGUUAAUCUAUACUUUAACUAUCCAAAAAACUGUUUAUCUCAGUUUUGAUAAAAAAUCACUUGCACCCCUCUGAUCCUAAGUGCCUCAUUUGGAAUAGAAAAACUUGCAGGAAAAAAUUCAUGAAUGAUCAAAAUUUUUAUGUUUGCAACUAAGAACACAAAAGUGAGUGCCUACUUGGUUGAUAAAAUGCGAGAUACUUGUUUUUGAUUUUCAGUGUAAUGUAGCGUAUCGACAACAACAUAAAAAACAAGCAGACAAAAAAUGAAUAAAAUAUUUACCUACAUCUGACAAAGUAUUUGAGCAUUUUUCUUUCCUAAAAAUCAAAAACAUGGAGAAUUGUGAUUUCUGUUUCUACUACGAUAAUCAUCGCCUAAUCAAUACCAUUGAAGAUGUAUCAUCUUCCGUACGGGGCAUUAUUGAGAAGCACUUUUGGUUUACGUCUAAUGAGCUCAUCGAAUUACACAUCUGUUCUGGGUGUCAAGAAAAACUGUUAGAUUUUUACGAUUUCUACUACCAAGUGGAGAGAGUCUACAAAGAACGCUUAAGAAAAAUUACUAUUGACAUGGGAUCAACCAGCACAAAUGAUGAAGAAAUAGAUUCUGAAAUUACGGUGGAUGAAAUUAAAAUAGAGCCUUGUUCUGACCACUUUGAAGAAAGCGAUGUAAAUGAAGAAGACGAUAUCGAAGUGGACUCCGAAACAAAUUUCACGUCGGAAACCUUCACGGAAUGCAAGACAACUGUAACAUCGAAUGACUGUCUUCAAAGCCACAACAUCAAUGUACGUGAAACCUCAAAUGAAAAGCAGUUUGAAUGUGAGAUAUGUCCCAAAAAGUUUGCCAAGCGUAAAUUUCUAAAUGCUCAUAGUCUUAUCCACCAGCGGACAGAAAAGUUUUCUUGUGAAAAAUGCGAUAAAACAUUUACGACAAAAUAUUCAUUGAAGGCUCACGUUGAGACUCAACAUGAGGGGUUAAACAACUUUCCUUGCGAUAUCUGCUCCAAACAGUUUAAAUCAAAAGGUGGAUUGCGAGCUCAUCUGACCGAGCAACAUGUAGACUCAGAACGUGUUCGUUGUACUAUUUGUGGUCAGUUUUUGAAAAAUAAAAGCAGCCUGAGGAAACACAUGAAGGGACACACGGAAGCAUCAAUGACGAUUGAAUGCGACAUAUGCGGCAAACGGUCACCGACAGCCGGCGCUUUGAAAAAGCAUAUGCAAUACCAUCACGAAAAUCAGCGAACCUAUCAAUGUACCGUGUGUGAUAAAAGUUUCAAACGACCGUUUGCUUUGAAGGAACACAUAGCUACCCAUACGGGUGAGGUUCUGUACUCCUGUGAGUUUUGCGACCGGAAGUUCAACUAUUCAGCGAAUCUAAGUUCCCAUCGCAAAAAGGUUCACCCUGAGGAAUGGGUGGAAUAUCAACAAAAUAAACCAAUUUUCAAAGGUACGUCUGCUGCAUCGCUGGCUGCGGAUAUCCAGUGUCAGGCCCUGGAUAUGAAACUAAGGAAAUGCAUUAUGUGCUUGCAGCCGUUCGAGGAGCUUGGCUCCAUCGAAACCGAAUCGUCCGAAGAGCUCAAACGGAUAGUGGAGAAUGUAUACAAGAUUGCCAAAAUUGAGGUGAAGCCGAGUGAUGGGAAAAUCGGGCCACUCUGUGGCGGUUGCCGAGCGAAAUUGGGCUACGACUUCGACGAAGAUGCGUACUACGAGAUGCUGAGCAAAAUGUACAGCGAAACGAGUCCUCCGAACGCGCACGCUGAAGGAACUCCGCAGCCGAUGAAUCCAUCUCCUCCCGCUGAAUAUCGGGUAGAUUCGUCGACACCAACCAUACUCGACACCACCUGUGGCACCCUGGUAGUGACGGAAUUCGGCCGAGAUGAAUCCACCGAUCAGACAUCGGAUCUGAAGUGUGUCAUCUGUUCCAAGGUAUUCAACUUCAAAUCAACUCUGAGGCUGCACAUUCGGAGUCACCAUGGCCAAACGGCAGCCAGCACACGAGAUCUGGAAACGCACAAGCAAACUCGCAAACCAAGAACCUACGAAUGUCUGGAUUGUAACUUAAGCUUCAAACUUAAAUACGACUACGACAAACAUCAGGCCAUACACAACCGAUCAAAUCUGUAUCAGUGCGAGGUCUGUUACAAACUUUUCAAACAUCGUUCCUAUUAUCUCAUGCAUAGGAACGCCAAACGAUGCAAGGCCAUCCCUCUAAAUUUGAGUGUCAAUUCUGGGACCCAAGCGAAGCCCAACUGUGGUACCCUCAAUGAGGUUAUCCGAAAUACUAGCUAAAAUUUUUGCAUGAUCGUAUAACAAAGCUUCCUACGUUAUUGCCAUAAUUACCAUACACACAAACAGUACAUAAACGUGUUUUUAACUAUGAUUAGCAUUAGUCGUUACUAAUAGAUGUGAUUGUGGCUGAGUGGUGCCUGAUUCGGAAAUUAUACCAAUUCGAUUGUGUUACCUGUGUCCUGCUAACCGAAACUUCCGACAUUUCGAACCGUUAGAAACGGCACGUUUGUAGUUAUUUUAUGUUUGUUUUACCCACCGAUUGGUUACGUUGUUAAAAAUAUAUUAUUUAUUUUAUAUCGAGCACAGUUUUUCCUCUAAUGCACCCUCAGCCCUCAGAGAUGCAAUUUUCUGUUAUUUUUAGUUUUUUUUUAUAUCAAAUUACGAGUCAAACCAAAAACGAAAGCAUGAACGUAUAACAUUUAUUUAAAUUAUCGUAUGUUUCCAAAAAGCAGAAUAAAUUUGUCUAUUAUAUACAAUCUUAAACAUAUUUUAAAAUCAAUUUGGCCAGCGCUCUUAUUGUCUUUUUCCAGACUUAGUAGUUGAAAUUUCAAUAUAGAUACUCAUUAUGUCAGAAUUAGCAUAAAACACAAACCAGCAUAAACGUAUCGGUCGUGUUUGAACCCAACAGAUUGCAUUGGGAAGUAAGCGAGUCGAAAUUUUAUAGCUGUUUCAAGACGCAGUUUUGAAUCAAGACAAGGGCCAGUAUUUUAUCUAAAAAUGUAUUGAACGGAAGGAAGAAAACAGUGAACCAAAUUUAGGCUAUAAGAAAAAAAACUUUAAAGAGAAUUAAAAAAAAAACAAACAAAAAAGAAACGUAUCUGUGUGGUAUGUGGAUAAAAUAAGAAAAAACCAAACAAAAAAGAAGAAAACUGUGUAAUUGUGAUCAAACGAAUUGUGAACAGAAAAAUCGUUAAAUUUAGCGGAUACAAACUAAGUCAUAGGGAUUCAAACUUUUAUCUUGUGCAUAACUUGUAAGUCAUUACAAUAAACCAAACAAAAAGUAAAAGAAACUAAGAAGGAAAAAUUUAUCAUCGAUUCUGGAUUUU